AGGAAGCCUCCCACUGCGGGGACACAGCACCUCUCACCCUGCAGGUCUCCAGGCACUGCGGGUCCUGUUUGCAGCAAUUGUGCCACAAUCUGCGGAGGGCACACAGCUCCUAGGCACUCACCUCAUUCCUUGGUUCCCAGCAGCUGUGUCCGAAAUAUUCGGCCUCCAGGUGGCUCCAGUGUAACUGUGUCCGCCUGGCUUCCUGUUCACCCUCUGCGCACCUACUUCCCCAGGCCACCAGCACCUUCCCAAGCCACCCAUUAUCGCGCCCACAGCACCGUGCCAGAAGACAAUGGAAGGAAUUCCAAAGACCAGAUAUGGGACUAUAGCUGAAGGUGUCCCCACAGAGUUCCAGCCCAGUCUGCCAUCUCUCUGCCAUAGCCCCCAGACAUGGCAGAAGAUAACCGGUUUGCACCAUCGUCCUCCCUGAGGCUCGUCCUGGUGGGCAGAUCCGGCUGCGGGAAAAGUGCCACCGGGAACAGCAUCCUCUCCCAGCCGGUGUUUGAGUCCAAGCUGGGGGCCCAGGCUGUGACCAGGAAGUGCCAGGCAGCCAGGGGCACGUGGAAUGGGAGGAGCAUCCUGGUGGUGGACACGCCCCCCAUCUUUGAGGCAAAGGCCCAGGGCCAAGAGAUGUACAAGGACAUCGGGGACUGCUACCUGCUCUCCGCCCCGGGGCCCCACGUGCUGCUGCUGGUGACGCAGCUGGGCCGGUUCACUGCCCGGGACACAGAGGCAGUGAGGAGGGUGAAGGAGGUCUUUGGGGCAGGAGCCAUGAGACACGUGGUGGUCGUCUUCACCCACAAGGAGGACUUAGGGGGCGAGUCCUUGGAUGAGUACGUGCGCAGCACAGACAACUGCAGCCUGCGGAGCCUCGUGCUGGAGUGCGAGCGGAGGUACUGCGGCUUCAACAACCAGGCCACCGGGGAGGAGCAGAGGGGGCAGCUAGAGGCCCUGAUGGCAGUGGUCGAGAGGCUGGAGAGGGAGCACGAGGGCGCCUUCUGGAGAAACGACCUCUACUUCGAAGCCCAGAUGCUACAGGGGCACGAGCUUAACACCCGCGGAGAGGAGCACAGGCGCUACCUGGCCAAGGUGCGAGCGCACAUGGAGGGGCAAAAGCCACACCAGGUGUCCAGGGCGCUCCUCAGAGUUAAAAAGUGCAUGAUUUCUUACAUUGGGUUAUGUAUUUUCUUUGUGAUAUGCAUUUUGAUUGUUCUUGCUAUUUUAAUUAACUUCCAUUUUAGGCAGGGACGCUGAGCAUCUUCAGCUGACUUUGCCAAUGGGCUUCUUUUUUUCAGACUCAUCAUCUCUCUGUAUGUUUGUAAGAGACUUAAUUGUGAUUUACUUAGGUUCGAUUUUAAUUUCUCUUUCUGGCAUCUAACAUGCCAUUCCUGUUCUCCACGUGCUUCCAGAUAAAUAUAUUCCAAAGAAAAAAUGAUUUAUUUUCUGUAGUUGAUUAUUAAUCAUGGAAGUAAAUGAUAACCUAACUGGAUUCCAUCCUGAAAUCUUUGAAGUGAUGGGUGUUUGCAGAAUGGAAGGUGAGUGGACUGUGAUAUUACACGUGAGGGAAGAAACAUGUUAUAUGAAACGGUGGUAGGAGAAUUCCUCAUUUUAUUCAGGCAUGUACUCUAAAUUUAUGGUGGGUUGUAAGAAAAAAAAAGAAAGCAAAGGUGAUGUUCCACCCUGUCUCAGAAUUACCUGCAACCCUUCCGGUCUCACUUGACAGUGGGGAGAGAGCAUGCAUGGGGUCAGGGUCUGGGUGUGUAGUGGGGUUCCCCAGGAAGGUUUGCAUGGGUGUGGAAUGAAGGGGCCAGAGAAGAAAGGGAACUGCAAAGGUGGACUGUGAGUGAGGAAAAGGCAGGGGCAGUCUCUUGGUGUGGGAAGAACUCUGCAGCACGUGGGACUUUCAGGAGGCCUGCUCCUGCAGACAGGGCCAUAGGAAGCCUCAGGAUUAGAAUCAGAGGACGGUGGAUGUUGGUCCGGCCCUGGCUUCCAGUAGCAAGGGGCCAUCUAAUGUCACAAGGGCACCGAUGCACCUCAGAUGCACCUCAGCUUCUCUGGGGAGUCUGACCAAUUGAUGGAAACAGGAUAGGGGGAAAGAGAGGACCUGCCUCCUGACAGACCCCUCUUUUCCUUUCUUCAAGCCAUGUGGCCGAGGGUCCCCAGCUACCUUCUUCGGGGUGGGGUGUGCGGCAGAUUACUUCACUCACAUGCCUCCUCACAAGAAACUCCGCUACCUCCUAACCUUUGUUGAUACCUUUUCAGGGUGGAUUGAGGAGCGAUCAGAGGCAGGAGGACUUACCACACUGUGUGCCAAACUGAGUGGAAGGUCGGUGGUCCCUGGUCUUUCUCAUGAGGGAGGGAGAUGAGCGGCCCAGGAGGGCUCAAGCUCCCCCCGGAUUUUGGCACCAGAUAUGAGGUAUCUCACCGAGAAAGAAAAAGAAACGGAGCCGCAAAGGCGGGCAAAAGUUUUAUUGAAGCAUUCCUGGGUGAGGUUCAUUGGUCCACGUGGUGAGGGACAGGGAAUUCACGAUGCUACUUUCGCCCGGGGAAGAUUUAUAGGAACAUUAGGGACAUGGGUGUGGUGAUUAGGUGUGGCAUCAGGUGACUGGCUAGCUGCUGAGGAGCUUCAAACAUGGAUUAAGUUGAUUGGCUGGGAAGGGUGGUGGUACGUGACCAGGAGUGUCACCUCAGCCACAUCCAGCUAAAGCAGAGCCUCCCAAGUUAGGUUUUGAUUUCUCCUCUGGCUAUCCAUUUCCAGGUCAUGUGACUUCCCGGUCAUGUGACUCCCCAGAGCUCGCCGGCCUUACAAUAAUGACACCCAGAGUCUCGACAAGAUUAUCACUCACAAGAUUCUUUAAAUUAUUGAAAAUUCUUCUUUCUACCAUAUGGCUAGAAAGCUAUAAAAUUCCCUCUAUGCAUGUUUAUGUCCAUCAAACAAAGUUUUGUAUAUUCCACUUUCAUUAUCAUUCAGGCUGAAACACUUUCUGUAAUCUUUGUGAUGUCUGUUUUCACUCAUGGGUUAUUUAGAAGUAUGGCCUUUAUUUCCUAAUAUUUGAGUAUUUUCUAGGAAUUGCAGAAUCCAAUAUGGUAGCCCCCAGCCACUAAAGGCUAUGAAGUACUUGAAAUGUAGCUGGUGUUCUCUAGAAACAGAACCUUACAUUUUAUCUACCUGUAACUAAUUUUAAUGUAAAUGUUACAACUGGAGGAGUAUCAAAUACUUCACCAGGAAACACAGCUUUGUCCUUUCAGUAGAAAUACAUGUGAGCUGAGUGCAGCACCGUGUGUUACUGCCCCACGGCCAGGAGCCAUUCCCAGUUCUAACAGGGGCACAUCACUGAUCUACUCAACACCAAUAGACUGGCUCCGUUUGAAUGGUUCUGUUACUGUUAUUUGAAUACUUACUGGAAACAGCAUGAAUUACAGUGACACUUGUCUACACUGGCAUUGGUGAUUCAAUUGAAAGUCUAAUUAUUUUGCCCUGGCUGGUUUGGCUCAAUGAUUAGAACGUUGGCCCAUGGACCAGAGAGUCCCGGGUUCGGUUCCUGCUAAGGCUCU